AUGGCUGCUGGCCAUGGUCAGCCCUCACCUUCGACCAAGAACCAACUCGGCCAGGAGCGAAAAGUAUCCAACGAAGAAAGCGGUACCGACGUCGACGAAUCCGAUGCCAUCCUCUUGGCCAUGGGCUACAAGCCUGAGAUGGCACGUAACCGAUCAACCCUCCAAGUCGCCUUCAUGUCGUUCGUCCUGGCCUCGAUUCCUUACGGUCUUGCGACAACCUUCUACUACCCUCUCGUCGGUGGUGGCCCAGCAAAUAUCAUCUGGGGAUGGAUCAUGGUCAGUCUGAUCAUUAUUUGUGUCGCUGCCAGUCUGGGAGAGAUCACUUCGGUCUAUCCUACAGCUGGUGGUGUCUACUACCAGACUUUUAUGUUGGCGCCUGCAAAGUACAAGAGAGUUCUGUCAUGGAUCUGUGGCUGGGCAUAUGUCGUCGGAAACAUUACAAUCACUCUGGCCGUCAACUUUGGUUCUGCCCUGUUCAUCAUCUCGUGCGUCAAUGUCUUCGAGUCAUCGCCUGGUGUUGGAAUCUGGGACGCCAGCGCUUGGGAGACUUGGUUGGUCUUUGUUGCCAUUACUCUUUUCUGCAACCUCGUUUCUUCGCUGGGCAACAGAUGGUUGGCUCUGAUCGAUACUUUUGCCAUCUUCUGGACUCUUGCUGGUGUCGUUGCCAUUCUCAUUGUCACACUUGUGCUGGCUAAGGGUGGCCGUCACUCUGGCGAGUAUGUCUUCACUCACUUCGAGCCCCAGUCGGGAUGGACCCCCGGAUGGUCUUUCUGUGUCGGUCUUCUGCAGGCUGCCUACGCAACCUCGUCGACCGGUAUGAUCAUUUCCAUGUGUGAGGAGGUUCAAGAGCCUGCGACUCAGGUGCCCAAGGCCAUGGUUGCCACCAUUCUGAUCAACCUUGGCGCCGGUCUGAUGUUCUUGCUUCCUCUUUUGUUCGUCAUUCCCGAUCUCUCUACACUUGCUGCUCUCGCAUCAGGACAGCCUGUUCCCACCAUCAUUGCUACCGCUGUUGGUUCGCCCGGUGGUGCCAUUGGAUUGCUCCUCCCCCUUAUGGUUCUCGGUCUUAUCUGCGGUAUCGGUUGCACCACUGCAGCAUCUCGCUGUGUCUGGGCUUUCUCCCGUGAUGGUGCCAUUCCUGGUAGCAAGUGGUGGAAGCAGGUCAACAACACCACUGCUCUUGAAGGCGUGCCUCUCAACGCCAUGUUGCUCAGUAUGAUUGUGCAGAUUCUGCUCGCUGUCAUCUACUUCGGAUCCGUUGCUGCAUACAACGCCUUCUCUGGUGUUGGUGUCAUCUGUUUGACUGUUUCGUACGCCAUCCCCAUUGCUACCAACCUUUUCACAGGUCGCAAGCAUGUCAAAGGUGCUCCUUUCGCUCUCGGAGCCCUGGGACUGUUCUGCAACAUUGUCGCUCUGGCUUGGAGUUGUCUUGCCGUGCCAUUGUUCUGCAUGCCUACCACUGUCCCUGUCACCGCAACUCUCAUGAACUACGCAUCAGUAGUCUUUGUUGCCUUCAUUCUGAUUGCAGGUGCGUGGUAUGUUGUAUGGGGCAAGAAGAACUACCAGGGACCCCCGACACACGAGGACACUGCUCUCGAGACCAGACGCAGUAUCUCCGAAGCAAGGAGAGCCUCGAAGGUGGCACCAUGA